AUGGGCUCGCUUAACUUGCCGCCAUUAAAGGUAGACGAAUUCAGCCUCGCAUCAGUGUUACAUGACAGCUGCGAGUUCGGCAAGGCGCAUCCAUGGGGCAAAUUACCCACUGAAACCGGCAUGGCUCGUCUUAGUCUUAGUGACUCAGACAAACUGGUCAGACACUGGUUCAUGGGUUACGCCCAGUCCCUCGGCUGCAAGACAUACUUCGAUCAGAUGGGCAACCUAUUCGCCAUCCGCUCAGGCAAAAACAAUGACUUACAUCCUGUAAUGAUGGGUUCUCAUCUGGACACGCAACCUACUGGUGGUCGCUACGAUGGGAUUCUGGGCGUGGUUGCUGGCCUUGAGGUUAUCAAGACACUGAACAAGCAUGCCGUCGAGACUGAGGGCCCUAUUGGAGUGGUCAACUGGACAAACGAAGAAGGUGCUCGGUUUCCCAGUAUGGCCGUGGCAUCGGGUGUAUGGGCUGAUGUUAUCCCUCUUCAAACAGCUUGGGAUCUACAAGAAGUUCUCGUGUCGAAUCCCAAAACUAUGAAACAAGAGUUGGAUCGUAUCGGUUUCACUGGUGAUGUGCCAGCAUCCUACAAGUCGAAUCCCUUUGCAGCACACUUCGAGUUGCAUAUCGAGCAGGGACCUAUCCUGGAAGACGAAGGGCUCAAGAUCGGCAUCGUUCAAGGUGUCCAAGCAUUCAAGUGGUUUAAUAUCACAGUCCGAGGUCGCGAUAGCCACGCUGGCACAACACCAUUUUACGCACGUAAAGACCCAGUCCUAUGCGUGAGUAAAAUUAUCGUCGCCGCCAGCGAUAUCGCCAAACGUUUUGGUGGUUUGGCAACAACAGGAAUUUUCACAACAUAUCCUGGUAGCAUCAACACGAUGUCGCACACUGUGAAAUUCACCCUCGACGUACGACACGUGCAAGACGAUGUACUCGCAAAAAUAUUGCAAGAAUGCGAGUCAGAGUUCCUUCGUAUCUCAGAGCAUGACAGCGAAAAGGGCUGCGAAGUCAACUGGGAGCUCUUGGUUGACAGUCCAGCUGUGAGAUUUGACAAGGGAUGCAUCGCUGCUGUCGAAGAAGCCGCUGCCGACGUCUGUUCUACUUUGCCGCAGAACGAGGCUGGAAAGCUGUGGAAGCCGAUGAUAAGUGGUGCUGGACACGACAGCUGUUAUACGAAUUCUCGAUGCCCUACGAGUAUGAUCUUUACGCCUACAAGAUCGGGUAUUAGUCAUAACCCUACCGAAUAUUGUUCACCAGAAGAUUGUGCACUUGGAGCAAGUGUCUUAAUGGGGGCUGUUUUGAGGUAUGACAAGUCGCGUGCGUAA